UUUUUCAAUUGCGGUGGUGGUGAUUCCGUAUCCAGUUUAACAUUAUAGAAUUUGAUUGAGUUGGAUUGGUUUCCAUUGUUUGCUUGAGGGUGAAAAAAAUUAUGUCUUUUGUUGAUGGGCAGUCUUCAUUCUAAUUUGUGUUUUAAAAUAAUAAAUAAAACAAUUGAAAUGAUAGUCAUGUGAUCUGUGGUAUAGUUGUGCGUUAAAAUUGUGGCAGAUAUAUGUCGAGGACCACCAAAUAUUUUGAAAUUUACAAUCUCUUGAUAGAUAAUGUAUGCUACUGAAUUAUAGAUAAUGUUUUCUAUCAUUUAGUGUAGUUUUUCUUAUCUUCAUUGUUUGUUCUACCAAUGCAUGGCCUUGUUGAUGGAGAGAUCAAAGGGAAAGGCAAGCCUGUUCCCACUACCAGUUUCUGAAGUUACAUGAAUUAUCCUUACAUCUUUUCCUCUAUAAAGUAGUCAGUCAAUUUUUUUUACUUGGUUUACUUUCUGCAGAUUUGUUGAACCUGCUCCUACUUUUUCUCUUUUGAGAUUGAGUCACUAUGUAUACUGACGGUUAUACUGCUCUAGUUACAAACUUAUCUCCAAGAGCAACAGAGAACGAUGUACACAAUUUUUUUGCUUAUUGUGGUCUAAUUGAGCAUGUUGAAAUAAUAAGAUCUGAUGACAAUGCAUCUACUGCAUAUGUGACUUAUCGGGAUGCCUAUGCACUUGAAACUGCACUAUUGCUAAAUGGAUCAAUGAUAUUGGACCAAUGUAUAUUCAUUUCACGCUAUGAAGCUUACGUAAAUGACUAUGAUGAUUGGGGUAGUCAUGUAUCAAAGCCUGAAGACAGUAUUACAAUCUCACAAGAUGAUCGCAUGGAUAAGUUUGUUUCUUCCCCUGGAGAAGCACUAACUCUGGCUCAAGUGGUUGUCAAAACAAUGGUGGCUAAGGGCUAUGUGUUGGGAAAAGAUGCAUUUGUCAUGGCAAAAGCUUUUGAUGAAUCUCAUAAUGUGUCGUCUACAGCAUCAUCAAAGGUUGCUGAACUCAGCAAUAAAAUUGGCCUGACUGAUUCCAUUAAUUCAGGCAUUGAAACUUUUAAAUCUGUGGAUGAGAAGUAUCAUGUCACAGACUUCACCAAAUCAGCCGCAACAGUCACAGGGACAACAGCUAUAGUUGUUGCAUCAGUUACCGGUAAAGCUGCUGUGGCAGCUGGAAAUGCUAUAGCCAACAGUAGGUACUUUGCCAAAGGUGCUCUUUGGGUUUCAGAUAUGUUGACACGUGCAGCCAAAGCAACUGCUGAUCUGGGUCAGAGUGAAAAGAAAUGAAACUCCAAACAAAAACUGCUGCGUUAUAUGUUGAGUCCUUGGACACAAACAAAUAGCAUCAUUUGUUUGUUGAUACUGUAUUAUAAGGCACGAACUUGCUUUACAUGUGUGGCUACUCAUCUGGUGCAAAUGUUCAUAUCAGUAGUUUUUAAGAAUCCAUGGUAAGAAGCCACUUAUAUAUGUGUAUCGUUUUACAAAAUGACAGUUUUAAAUUUUAAGCGCCAACUUUCAUAUCAAGGUGCAAAACUUAUAUGAAGGGAAUGCUUUGGAUGGAUUAA